CCGGGCCGACCCAAGCCACACCCUUCAUCAUAACUGUCUCACCGUGAGCCAAACGAGACCGAGCCAGCACGCGCGCGCCUCCUCCUCCUCCCGCUGAUCCGCUCUCGCCCACGAAGCAGAGCACCAGCAGCCAGCCGCCGGCCAAGAGUAGAAGGAGGCGGCAAUGGGGAACAGCCUGCGGUGCUGCCUGGCGUGCAUGCUCCCCUGCGGCGCCCUGGACGUGGUCCGCGUCGUCCACCUGAGCGGUCACGUGGACGAGUUCACCUGCCCGCUCAUCGCCUCCGACGUGCUCGCCGCGCACCCCAGCCACGCGCUCACCGCCGCGGGCUCCGCCGGCGCCGCCAGGAGGAUCGUCAUCGUGUCGCCCGACUCCGAGCUCCGGCGCGGCCGCAUCUACUUCCUCAUCCCCACCACCACGGCGCCCGAGCUGAAGCGGCCGAAGCAGCACGGCGCGUGCCCGGCGGCCAAGACCAAGAGGCGCCACGGUCACAGCCACUGCCACCGCAAGGGGGGCGGCGGCGGGAGCGCGGUGGCCGCGGCGUCGAGCACGGCGGAGCAGGACAACUACCUGAGGGAGCUGCUGUCCGAGAAGCGGGAGACGAGCCACCGGCGGCGGCGCAGCAGCAGCGCCCGCGCCGGCGUGUGGCGGCCGCGGCUGGAGAGCAUAGCAGAGGAGGAGCCCUCGGACUAGCAAGCACCACGGGCUUUCAUUUCCUUUUGCUUCUCGUCUUUUCUUCUGCUAGCUUAAUUCUUCGACCUUCUGUUUGUGAAUAUGACGAAAUGACCGAUCGAUGAGGAGGCUUUUUGGUUCUCCGCCAGCUCGAUCUCCUGAAUCCUCCUGAUGUGAUUGUAAGCAUGUUCAUUUUGGGGCUUGUAUUUUGGCUCAGAAGUCGAUGGGAAAAUGGAAAAAAAUAUUGAGAUCGUAA